AUGAAUUCCGCAAUGGGCCUCGACUUUAGCAAAAACCUCUCCUACUUCACCAUCCCAGCAGUCUACGUCGCCACAUGCCUCGGCCCUCACACCUACGCCGUAGCCUGCUCCGGCAAGGCCUACGACAACGCCAACCCCAGAGCCCUCCGCGAGUCUGUCUGCAAGUCCGAAGCCAUUGACAAGCCUCUCCAGCAAGCGAUCCUCCGCGCCAAGGGCGCAUCAGAGAAUGGCUUCGAGUCCAUGGCCCUGUUUGCUGGUGCCGUCGUCGCCGCCAACCAGGUUGGUCUGCAUGCGUGUGUCGUGAAUACCCUGAGCAUUGGGUACUUUGUUUCGCGGCUGCUGUAUGUGUUUGCCUAUGUGAAGCUCGGUGAGAAUAGGAAGCUGGCUGGUCUGAGGAGCUUGAUGUGGAUGGUGAGCGUGGGAUUGUGCAUGACGCUGUGGUUCAAGGCUGGUUUGAAGGCCAUGCAGUAA